AUGGAGUCGCGUGUGCGAGCAGCAGCGCCGACAUCCACAGCGUUCUAUGGGCGAUUGAUCCCGCAAACAACCGACGAGGAGGAGGUGGCGACGGCUCUGGCAGCUCUAAAAGUUCCAAGUGACGGCGUAUUGCCGCCUACGACGCGUAAUCGCGCCGUGUCCUCUGCCCGAACGCUGCGCAAUGCUGUUCUUCAGGAGUCGCGCUUCUAUCGCGUCCUGUACGAGUCCAAACUGUACGCAAUCGACUUUGGCGGCGAUAAGGCCUCGGAUCUCGACGAAAUGCGCCUCCGCGCGCCGUCGCUGGCCGAAAGCGAUUACAAGGUCGUGAGGAUCCAGGAACUGACCAAACUAGGCAGCGGACGGACGUCGUCGGCCAGGAGCAGACAGCAGAUGAUGCAGCAAGACCGCAACGCUUACAGUGUGAUGAAGAUGCCGGAAGAAGUGGUGGCCAGUAGCGGGCGGUUGCAAUGUCUGGUCGGAUCAUCGAACGCCCCCACUUGGUUCAUUCGCCUGGCGCACGUGGAGAACGCGUUUAUGAUGUUGUCGACUAAAGAGACGAGCAAGACGGCGGAGACGGGCGUUGCCACUGAAAAGCAGUUCUUAGAGCCACUCCCGGAGGACGAGCAGGCCAUCGUGAACAAGGGCAGGUUCUACUAUCGAGUAAUGGUGCCGAUUGAGCUGCGCAAAGCCCCAGAUCUUCUGGCCCCCGUGAUCUCUCGACAUGUUUUCAAGAACGCAGAGGAGAUUAUCGAGUGCCACGAAACCUAUCGCUGUCCGCAGAGUGGCGUGACGUUUGUGAAGCUCGCGUACGAGGACGGAUGGCUCUUUGAGACGCUGAAUUCCGGCAUUAAAGUGCUGGAGCGACUGGCAACAGAGCCCGACAUUCAGUACGGCCAUUUCUUCUUCGUGGUGAAGAUCCCAGUGGGUAUUCGAGUAGCGCCGCAUAUUAUGGCUCAGCGGUCGGGAAAAGGCUUCAAGUUGCACUCAAUUGUCGAGGCCUCGCAGCGAUUCACUCCACCGGGCAGUAAAAUCACGUAUGUACGUGUGUGUAAGGACAAGAACUCGCGUUGUGGCUGCUCAAGAAGCCACGCCGGCAGUGCAUCAAGUCCCAAGUCCAUGGCGCGUGAGAUUGGAGGCGAGUCUCCUUCCAAGGACAAGGCUUUUGCGACGUUGGCUGCACCGUCGUCUUGUCACGGCGGUUGGAUCUUUGAGACGACAAUGGACGGACAGGUGGUGCUGGAACCGAUGGCUGAGCCCAAAGUGCGACAGGUCGAGCGACUGUUUUAUCGCGUCCUAGACGACGUGGAUGUGCUCCCGACACCUGCAGGCGGGAAGAGGAGCGCAGUCUCUAGUCCAUCAUCAGCCCCCUGCAGUCCUCCAAGCAGACGGAAACGUCUGAAAGGGACGCUAAUUGAGUGCAGCGAGAGACUUGUACCCACUGUACCUCCAGCUCUCGCUGACGCCGGUGAACCUGAUCUCCCGGAUAUAGGCUUUGUGAAGCUACGACACGAUGUGGGGUGGAUAUGCGAGCGGCAAUUGCAUUCUCCUUACAAAUUGCUACUCGAACAGGUUCAGGGAUAUGCCGUCACACGCGACAUGCCCAAGUUCUAUCGCGUGCUAGUGCCAGUGUAUCUACGCUCAGCCCCGGAUUUCGAGUGCCCAAGACUGCCCGGUGUGGCUCCAAUGACAGCUGGUACCGUGUUUGAGAGCAGUCUGCAGUACACACCGCCAGGCAGCAGGAUCACGUAUAUCAAGGUGGCUAGCACCUCGCAUCCGACGGCAAAUAGUGCGUGCAAUGGCUGGCUGUUCGAUCAAACUCCCAGUGGAGACCAAGUGCUAGAAGCUGUGGAUGAAGACCCGGAGAAGAAGAAUGGCAAGUUCUUCUUCCGCGUAAUCUGCGAGAAGAAAGAAGUGCUUUUAUCUCCAGAGAAGACGAGCGAGAUCGUGCGGUAUCUGUUCGCCAGCACCAUCUUCUCGGCUGAAAUGGAGUACACGCUACCUCGGACACAGGAGACGUAUGUGCGCCUCACGAAGGAGAAAGGGUGGGUUGCUCUUGACCCUCCACGACCACGAACCGGCAGUUUUUCGAGUCGCUCGUCCAGUCGCAACGUGUUCAAUCUUCCGAAUCUGAGUGAGACGGAAGAUGGGCCCCCACGGACGCUCGUGCGGAUAUCAGAGGAGCUGUAUAACCUCUACGCGAUGCCGCCGAGCUGGGUCAGUAUUGGCCAUCCGAACCGCACGUGGUUCAAGGUGCCGGACGAGAGUUGCAGGUCGAUCCUAGCGGAGGAGACGAUCCUGCAGAUGUCGGUGUUUGAGUCGCGCAACAUCUUGGCCUCGAGCUCUCAAGGGCGUGAAGGUGUGCCGCUCUCACGGAAAGGAACUCUCAGUCUGGACGACGGCAACACGGUGUGGAACUGCACGCUGGAGGAGAUCAAACAUCCAGCCAGCGCGCUGCUGUUCACGUUCCCGUGGAAACAAGUGUGGUGGAUCUUUGAGCUGGAGGGGUCGGAGGAACGGCAUUGUGUGGAGCUGCAACACGGACUACGCGGUGGGUUCCGCUCCAUUCUACUGGACGGGGAGCCCCUACUGCAGAACCGCAGUGUGUCCGACAUGUUGUGGGACUCUGGCAGCGAGUUCACCUUCACGUGGAACGACCACACGUUCAAGGUGCUUAUCACACUCGAAGGCGCCUUCUUUUCGCAGUAUUUGCAGUUUUACAGCUACACUCUGGUAGUGGACGAGGAGAACGUCGUGCCUUUAGAUCAGUAG